AUGGUCCACAGCAACGUCGCAUCCAGCCACCUAUCCAUACUGAAUGAACACCCGGCCACCCUCGAGGGUCCACUGCUUCUACACGACCUGGUUCAAUCAGAUUCUGACACACCCGCCAUUGACUUCCUGGAAAACGGAACGAAGAGGCGGAAAUUUGGCUACAAGAAUCUGCAUAGUUUGAGCAAUGCUCUAGCCGGCAGAAUAAACGAAAUAUCGGCGAAGCUCGAAAGUGCCUCUCCUGUCAUUCCGGUUCUUAUCCCUCAGUGUCCAGAACUAUACGUAGUCUUGCUUGCUGUACUGAAGGCUGGCAAAGCAUUCUGCCCACUUCUCCUGGAUACGCCUGCCGAACGUCUCAACUUCAUCCUCCAGGAUAUAUCUGCCGAUUUCUUCAUUACACUGUCACAUUGCCACGAACAAUUGCGAAAUAAGACAGAUCUACAGGCCAUUCUCGCGGAUCGCGAACUGUCCGAGGCUUCUUUGGCGGAAUCGAUUCUGCCUCAUGCUAGGCCACACGACCUAGCCUAUGUACUGUAUACGAGCGGGUCCACUGGGCUUCCCAAGGCUGUGAAAGUCUCACACCGAGCCGUCACUCAGAGCUUAUUAGCGCAUGAUCGACAUAUCCCACAUUUUGCACGCUUUCUGCAGUUUGCUGCGCCUACCUUCGAUGUAUCCAUCUUCGAAAUCUUCUUCCCUUGGUUCCGUGGACGUACGUUGGUCAGCUGCAGUCGAGCACAAAUGCUUGACGAUCUUCCCAGAUGGAUCAAUGAGCUUGAAAUUGACGCUGCCGAACUCACACCGACAGUGGUCAGCAAUCUCCUUCAAGGAAGAUCUAGUGUUCCUGGGUUGAAGUUGCUCCUCACAAUUGGCGAGAUGCUCACUCAGCAUGUGGUGGAUGAAUUUGGUGGCGAUGAUUUCAAGGAGAGCAUACUAUGGGCAAUGUACGGUCCUACCGAAGCAGCGAUUCACUGCACCCUACAGCCGCGGCUAUCAACUCGGUCGACGAUCGCUAACAUUGGUUUCCCCCUCGAUACGGUUUCGGCCUUUAUCAUCGCAAUAUCAGAAACCAUCGUUUCUGCGGGUGUUCGCAUACUGCCUGCUGGAGAAAUAGGAGAACUUGCAAUCGGUGGACUCCAGAUUGCUGAUGGAUAUCUCAAUCGCUCGGAGCUGACCGCCGCAGUGUUUGUCGAUCACCCACAGUAUGGUCGCAUAUAUCGAACAGGAGAUCGGGCGAGGCUACGCAGCGAUGGUUGUCUAGAAUGUCUAGGCCGCGUCACGGUUGGCCAAGUCAAACUGCGUGGCCAAAGAGUCGAGCUUGGGGAGAUUGAGCAAGUCAUUAUGAGGAUCAAUGGAUGUCGCACAGUUACUGUAAUGAUUAUCGACGACCACCUUAUUGCCUUCUGCACGAUCAAUCCAGAUACAGUAUCGCGAUCAAUGAUGCUCGACUACUGCAACAACUGGCUGCCAAGCUUCAUGGUACCGUCAGACAUUUGCUUCAUAGAUAGGGUACCUCAGCUGCCAUCAGGGAAGAUCGAUCGGGCUUUACUAAAGGCCCAGUACAAGCCCAAACCUUUGAUCAACGGGGCAUUUAAGCCGACUUCAAAAGAUUCAAUCGAAAACACAAUCGUACGACUACUUCAAAACUAUACGAAGGUAGAGAUCGAAUCGCAGAUGAGUCUCGCUGCCAUUGGAAUAGAUUCACUCCAAUCCAUUAGACUCGCAUCCGCAUUGAGGCGAGAAAGAUUUGACCUGAGUGCAAUAGACGUCCUUCAAUCUGACACGGUCGCCGAUCUCUUCGCCAAUUGCAAAGCUGUUUUACGCAUCAAUAGUGAGAGCACGGCAAAUAGAAAGAAUUCACCAGACGCAAGCUACAAUUCAAAAAUACCGCAUGGCUCGGACGGUACAUGUACACGGAAUAAUGUUAGCGAGAUCAAUGGCGCAUCUGGCAUGAACGGUACGUGUAAAUCCAAUGGCACAUACACAACGAAUGCCAUCAACAUCUCAGACCUCAUACGCCCGGUGGACAGCGCUUCUUGUACAAGAGCCAACGAUACAUCAAAUGGCGAUCAUGGCAUCCGCAACAGUGGCCACCUUGAUACGACCUCAUCCCUCCCCCCGCACCUUGAGAACCAGAUCACACGAACACUUCCUUGUACUCCAUUACAGGAAGCUAUGCUCGCGGAAACAUCCACUCGUUCCAAAGCGUACUGGAAUUGGAUCGAAGUGGGACUCUCAUGCCCUUACACAUCGUACACUGAGAUUCGCGAUAGCCUGCUGUUGAUUUGCCAGAACAACGAGAUCCUCCGGACAGGGUUUGCACCAGCUACCGAUCAUACCAGAAGCUAUAUGCAGGUAGUUUGGGAGCGGUUUUCCUGUUCACAGAUCCGCAAGGUCUCAGGAUUUUCUCACUCUCGUGCGCUAACGACAGGAGACGCAUUGCUCCGUCCACUGAACAUAGAUAUCAGGAUGGACCCGGAAGGACCGCGGAUUUUAUUCAAGUUGCAUCAUGCAAUAUACGAUGGGUGGUCAUUUGAACUCCUACUCCAAGAUCUCCUCAAGUAUUUGCACAAGAAAGAAGUUGCGCCUCGACCACAAUUUCAGGAUGUUGCUCAACACUUUUCCCAUGGUAUCUCGAAGCACGAGCGUGCCCAAGCAAAACUGUACUGGAGUAAACAAUUUCUUGAUUUCGUCCCUACUACACUCUGGAACUACAACGGUAAAAUCUUUCACGGGGAAACCCUUCGGCGUUUCUCCCAGAAAUCGCGGGUCAAGGCCAGUUUAUUAUUCGAAAAAGCUCGUGAACUUGGCGUGAGCCCCCAAGUAUACUUCCAGGCUGCCACCGCAUUUCUUUUGUCACGGUAUACAGGAUCAGACGACGUGACGUUUGGAAAUGUUGUGUCAGGGAGGACGAUUCCUGUCACAGGGAUAGAAGAAAUCAUCGGGCCUUGUAUAGCCUCGCUGCCAUGCAGAAUGAAUCUCGGAGACGUCCCUCGGGUCCAAGAUCUUCUAGAAAUGACCCAGCAACUGAAUCGAAAAAGCUUAGAGCACAGUGCAUACCCGUUGCGCGAGAUUGCGAAAGCGGCUGGUGUGGAGCCAGGCACCCGUCUCUUUGACAUCCUGUUUGUCUGGCAGCAGCCUCUUGCCAACUGCAGUGACGAUACGCUCACUACCAAGAUCAUCGAUAGCGCCGACGACUCUGAGAUGAAGCUUACACUCGAGUUUGAGACCAGUCAAGACUUCAUCUCUUUCCGCGCCACCUACGAUCCUGCCACUAUUCCAGAGCAGCAGAUCAAGUAUUGGUCUCUUCAGAUUGAUGAAUUGGUGUCAUCGUUUCUGAAGAAUGCCACAUGCACGAUGUCUGCCAUCGAUUGCUGCUUCACUGCAUCCUCUCUUUCCAUCGCAAACCCGAGUCCCCCUCAAGAACAUUUCCAACAUGGUCCAUCACACGCCGUUGAAAAUUGGGCUAUGAGCGAUCCAGACCGUGAGGCGAUAUGUUUCGGACAUCUUGUAGAUGGCAUCAUGCAGGUGAAGGAAGCGGUCACAUAUGCGACUCUAAACACACGCGCAAAUCAACUUGCUCGCAGUCUUUCCGCUUAUAUCACCCAGAAGGAUCAACUGAUUGGAGUCGUUUUGGAAAAGUCUGUAGACCUCUACGUCUCAAUUCUUGCAGUGCUGAAGCUUGGAUGUGGCUACCUACCACUUGUGCCUGACACGCCGACCGAGAGGAUUUGCACUAUCAUGCAGGAUGCCAAUGUUGCGCUUUGCAUCAGUUCAUCCCUCUUAUCCACAUACCUACCACAGAUCCCUUCUUUGACUAUUGUCAAAGUCGAUCUCAUCGACAUUGGAUUGUGGUCUGACAGGAACCUCGAAACCGCUUACAAUGGACAUCACCUCGCCUACGCCAUCUUCACAAGUGGCAGCACUGGUACACCAAAGGGCGUUCUCGUGACUCAAGAUAACCUAAUGAGUAAUCUACAGUAUCUAUCAGGCGUCUAUCCGUAUUCGACAAAUGCGAGACUUCUACAGGCCUGCUCGCAAGCCUUCGACGUUUCUGUGUUCGAAAUCUUCUUCUCUUGGUAUGUUGGUAUAUGCUUAUGCACAGCUACGAAAGAUGAUCUGUUUCAUGAUCUCGAAGCUUCUAUCCGUCGUCUUCAGAUCACACAUCUAAGUCUCACACCAACCGUGGCAGCUUUGGUAGAUCCCAAGAACGUACCAAGAGUAGAAUUCCUGGUAACUGCCGGUGAAGGACUCACGGAACAUGUUCGAAGAAAAUGGGCUGGUCGCGGUCUUUACCAGGGUUAUGGUCCUUCUGAGACGACCAACAUCUGCACUCUUCGACCCUCUGUCACAAUUGAUGACUUGAUUAAUAAUAUUGGGUCGCCGUUCACUAACACGUCCGCUUUUGUAAUGGCCCUAAACGGCGAUUCGAUCUUGCCUCGUGGUGCUGUUGGAGAGCUGUGUUUCGGAGGCAUGCAGGUGUUUCGCGGUUAUCUCAACAAGCCCGAACUUAAUGCCAUGAAGCUUAUAAACCACCCUACGUACGGCAGAAUUUAUCGAUCUGGUGACAUGGGCCUUAUGUUGCCGGACAACAAUAUCCUCUCUGUGGGCAGGUCAGAUGACCAAGUCAAGAUUCGCGGCCAACGGGUCGAACUCCGAGAGAUAACUUCUGUAGCCCUCGAUGUCAUCGGGGUUCGUGAUUGUGUGACCUGCUUACUGCCGGGCCGCAAUGACAGGCCAGCCUUGGUCAACUUCUGGGUGCCAAAGGAUACCAUCUGCCAGACUUAUCAACUCCUAGAUACGAAUGAACACCAAGCUACCAUCUCAAGAAUGUUCGACACAUUGUCUUCCAAAAUUCCGUCGUACAUGGUCCCGCUGCAUUUCAUACCAAUCUCGCGCCUCCCCAUGACCACACAAGCCAAAAUAGAUCGACGAGUUCUUCAGAGAACGUUUGGAGCCUUGACAGCAAAAGAACUGGCCGACACUACAAGUUAUCAAGAUGAAAGCGGGGAUGUAUCGCAAUUAUCAGAGUGGGAACAAUCCGUGGCCUCUAUCUUGAGCAGAAUUCUGUCGUUGCCGAUCCAUGACAUCAGAAAGGGAACAUCAUUCUUCAAUCUCGGUCUUGAUUCUGUUUCUGCAAUAAGAUUCUGCAAUGAUCUCAGGCAUACAGCAAUAGCGAACUUUUCCGUCACUACAGUCCUAAAGAAUCCUAGCAUAGCCCGAUUAUCCACGAUAAAAGACAAGCAGCUAUCACCUAAGGAGCAGAAAAAGUUUCCUCCGAUCAAUUUCCCCCACAUGUUUACAGUGGACGAGACCUCUGCAAUCGUCUCAACUUUUGAGAAACGAGGAUCGCGAGUCGCCCGAAUCCUACCUUGCACACCCCUUCAAGAGGCGAUGCUUUCAAGCACUAGUUCAAGUUCAGGCUCAGCAUAUUGCAAUGUCAUGAUCUUCAGGGUGAAUGGCGAUUUGGAAAGACUUCAAGAAAGCUGGACGUCAGUAAUCCAUCGGCACGAAAUCCUCCGCACAGCUUUCAUGCCUACCAAUUAUCCCUCACAUGCUUUUGCCCAAGUUGUGUUGGAACUUUCGACUUCAAAAUGGCAUUCAACCUCUGUAGGCACAAAUUUAGAGUUGUACAUUGAGAAGACUAUAUCAGCUCUUCUCACUGCGCAUGAACCGCCAAUAUAUCUCGCUAUCGCGCGUGAAGGGACCUUGUCAAAGCUGGUCUUCGGCUGCCAUCAUGCCCUGUACGACGGUAGCGCUAUUGCGUUACUCCUCGAAGAGAUCCAACUACUGUAUACAGGCACCGCCCUCCCUCCUCCCAUACCAUAUGAUUCAUAUUUACAAGCGAUGCUAUCGCAGGACCUCAAAGAAGCUGAUCGAUACUGGGGCGCGUUACUGAGUGGUUUUGAGCCUACCUCUUUUCCUAAUCUGACGGGUGCAAACACUGAGUCCGUCGGACGUCCAGCUAGUGUGAUGAAGGUUCUCCAACCUCUUGGGGAGGUACGUCGGGCCUGUCAAGACGCUUCUACAUCUUUAUCAUCCGUCGUCCAAGCGACUUGGGCGAAGCUCUUAUAUUUCUACACAGGCGAGUCCGAUAUAUGUUUCGGAAAUGUCGUAAAUGGACGCAAUCUGCCAAGCGCUGACAUUCAUCGUCUUGUGGCUCCUUGCUUUAAUACUCUACCUGUGCGAGUUGACUUCGACUUCAGACAAACAAAUUCGGACCUGGUCGGACUGACGCAUGCGCUCAACAUCGAGAUGCUUGCAUUUCAGCUAACACCUCUCCGUUGGAUACAAAGCAAAAUACUCAGGGACGGCGGCCGCCUUUUCGACACACUCGUCAUCCUUCAGCAACCUGUUGCUAGCUUAGAUGCUUCCAUUUGGACACUUGAGAAAGAUCUUGGCGACAUGGACUUACCUAUUGUAUGUGAAGUCCAGCAGGACGAGACUGAAGAUUGUCUGAAGCUCGUGCUUCAUUAUAAUACAUCGCUGCUGUCGUAUACGGACGCUAUGGUCGUUGCAGAGACUUUCGACCAUACACUCAUGUCACUACUUAGAUUGCCUCAUGCCUCGGCCAAUGACACUGUUAGUAUUCCUGAAUAUCUUCGAGCAGAGUCCAACUCGAAGUUUCAGCGCUGCAAAACAGAAGACCCUUACCUACAUACCGGCUUCGAAAAGAUAACAGCCGCCAAUCCCGAACAAGUUGCGUUGGACUUUCUGCAUCUGGAUAAGACUCGGACGACUUGGUCAUUCAAAACAUUAAAUGACAGAGCAAACGCCAUCGCGAAUACGCUCAUAAAAAACGGUGCAGUACCUGAAACUAUUAUUCCUCUCCACUGCCCCAAGUCCCCGCAUUUCUACGCUAGCAUACUUGGUAUACUGAAGGCUGGAGCGGCAUUCGCCCCCAUUCAUCCCGACUUGCCAAUGGCCCGCAAAGAAUUUAUGCUCAACGAGCUGAAGCCGCGCAUCAUCCUAUGCUGCACUGGUUCAGCCAUUCAGCAUGACGGAGCAUUUAGCCUUGAUGUGGAGCGUAUUGACUACUCUCCAAAGGAAAACCCUGUUAUUCACGGCUUGAAUACCAAUAGUUUGGCGUACUGUCUCUUCACAAGUGGCUCCACAGGUACACCAAAAGCGGUCAGCAUGGAACAUUGUGCCCCAAUCCAGACGAUUGCAAGUUCCAGACCUUUAGUUCCAUGGAAACCUACAUCCCGUCUGCUACAAUAUGCCGCUGUAACAUUCGAUAUGUGUUACUUCGAUUGUUUCCUCGCUUGGACUUUAGGAUUCACUCUUUGUGCUGCAGAACAAGCACUUUUACUGAACGAAUUACCAAAAGUCAUCGACACCCUGGGUGUUGAACUGCUUGACCUCACGCCAUCAGUUGCAGCAUCGUUGCGGAGAUCAGAGGUACCCAGUAUAAAAUGGCUUUACUGUAUUGGUGAAGCGAUGUCACCGGAAGUGAUCAAGGAAUGGGGCAGUACAUGUGUCAAUUCCUAUGGGCCUACCGAGGCCGCGUUUUGCACGACAAUUUUCACAGCCUCGGGUGAGGCCAACACUUCAGUCAUUGGAAGGCCUUUCCCAAGUACUUCAUUUGCCAUUUUACCUGCCAAUGCGGACUGUCCACUACCAGUACUGAGUACCGGCGAAUUGUAUAUCGGGGGCACACAACUAGCACGCGGCUACCUAGGUAAACCCGAACUGACGGAUGAUCGUUUCAUCCACAUACGAGGCCAAAGGUUUUACAAAAGUGGCGAUAUUGUUCGAAUGCUGAGCAACGGCAAUUUCGAGUUCAUUGGUCGUGCAGAUGAUCAAGUGAAGAUUAGGGGCUUAAGGGUGGAGCUUGGUGAAAUUGACCACGCACUUCGAAACUCUUGCCCCGAUAUCAAGACUAUAGCUACGCAGAUUCUGAAACGGGAUAAGGCGUCAAGGGAGCAGCUGGUCGCAUUCGUUGUGACGAAAUCGCCAUUGGGUCAAGAGAAAGAGUCCAAUAUGAGAACACAACUCAGGGACGCAGCUAUCCACCAGCUACCUUCAUACAUGGUACCUCAAUUCUUCAUCUUCAUCGAAGCGGUUCCAAGGUCAAUGGCUGGCAAGAUUGACAAACAUGCACUCUCCACAAUUUUCCGCGACCAGAUCGAUAAGGACACCGUCGCCAAUGGCAAUGCCAAGCAAGGAACAGAGCAUAACUGGACACAUCUUGAAGGUCAAGUCCGUACUAUUCUUGCGGAUCUAUCCAAGAUUCCAGUUGAGGACAUCGGCCCAGUGACUACAAUCUACCAGCUUGGACUGGACAGCAUUAGUGCAACCCAAAUAGCAGCUGUCCUUCGGGGCAAAGGUCAUAUAGUGACAGCUAGCGAUGUCAUGAAGUACGCCACUUGCUCGGAAAUCGCUACACGGAUUGGUCAGGAUGGUUCAGCAAGAUUAACCGCAUUUGCAAAUUUCGACUUCGGGGCCUUUCACCGACAGCAUGAACAGUCAGUGUCAAAAAUCUGCGAGAUUGAUCAUAGCAAAAUUUGCGCCAUUCGACCAUGUACACCACUCCAAACGGGUAUGCUGUCACAAUUCAUCGCGAAGGAAGGAUCUGUUUACAUGAACUAUCUCCGUCUGCGACUAGAUCAUCGUGUUGACGUGGGAAGGCUACGGGAUGCAUGGACCGCAACGAUGGGUCGGCAUGAGAUACUUCGAUCUGGCUUUGCCCAUACGAAAAACCCUGAGCAUCCAUUUGUCAUGAUCACAUUUGACACAACUGCUGUAAAUUUACCAUGGACGGUAGAUUCAAGAUCGGAAGCCCUUGAUGUGUCCGAAGAAUGGAUACACGAGCACCAACGGCGUGCCUUGAGCAAAUUUCAUGAGCCGCCAUGGGCAAUUCAGGUCAGCCAAACAAAUGGAGAUCGAUACCUCAAUCUGGUCAUUUUUCAUGCUCUCUUUGAUGCACAAAGCCUCCAAUUGAUUUUCAAUGAUGUUGCAUCGGAAUAUGGGGGACAACCGAACUUGUCACCUUCUAGCUUGGAACCCGUCAUUAGUGGUAUUCUAUCUCUAUGUGAUGAAAAAAACAGAGAUAGCAUGAGAUUCUGGACCGCACUGGGGAAGAAAGUCAAACCGUCCCGAUUUCCUAACUUAUCGUCCCUAAGAUUAGACCCUACGCCACCCACGAUUUGUGUCAAACGAUCAGCAAGCGCACUCAUCGAUCUUGAACAGGGUUGUAUGAGUGCCAAUAUCACACUACAGGCCGCUGGUAUAUCGAGUUGGCUUUCGCUGCUUUCCGCAUAUACUGGAGAAGAUUCAGUGACUUGCGGAGUUGUGCUUUCUGGACGUACCUUUGAUGCUGCUGAGAAUGCCAUUUUCCCUUGCAUCAACACGGUGCCCUUUACAAUCGCCACAUCGACCGAUCAAAGGGAAGUGCUGAAGGCGGCAAUGUCAUUGAAUGCACAGGUUCAACAGCACCAGUAUAUUCCGCUCAACAAGAUCCAAAAAUUGAUGGGCUAUGCGAGCGAGCCUCUCUUCGACACAAUCUUCGCCUUUCAGAAGUCGCCUAAAGAGGAGCUCGCCCAAACCCUUUGGGAAAUUGUCGACGAAAGGGGUACUAUUGAAUAUCCAUUAUCUAUUGAGAUCGAACCAAAGCAGGGGCACUUGGAGUAUCGCCUUACUUUUCUCCCGGAUGUGGUACCUCGCGAGCAGGCUCUCCUCAUUCUCAAUCAGAUGGAUUAUUUGAUGGAGAGCUUCAUCUUCGAUCGAUCCAUACCUGCAAAAGAAGUCGUCAGUGAUUCCAACCUGUACUCCAUCACGCCCGCGAAAGAGUCGAAACUACCAUCGGAAGCACACUUACUGCACGAGCUGGUAGAGCGAACCGCGGCAAAAUUCCCUUCUCGUAUCGCACUAGAAUUUGCACAUUCGAUACACAAUGGUCGAUUUUCUGUUAGGCGCUGGACAUACGCCGAGCUUGAUGCCGAGGGGAACCGAAUUGCUCAUCUCCUCAUCUCUUGCGGAGUUGGGCCAGGUAUGCUAGUUGGUGUCUGUUUCGACAAAUGUCCCCAAGCUUCAUUUGCCAUGCUUGGCAUACUCAAGGCUGGUUGUGCUUUCGUCGCCAUCGACCCGAGUGCUCCAGCUGCACGUCAGGCAUUCAUCGUCAAAGAUUCUGAUGCUCGCGCAGUAUUGUCGAAGUCAAGCCAGUCUUCCCAGCUGGGGAUCGAAGCCCACAUACCGAUCCUGAACCUUGAUGAGAUUACAACUAGCUCUCUCUCGAGCAGAAAGCCAAUGCUUCAGAGAAGCGUCAGCACACAAGACCGUAGCUAUUGCUUGUAUACCAGUGGCACCACCGGUACACCAAAAGGAUGCGAAUUGACACAUGAGAACGCUGUCCAGGCAAUGUUGUCCUUUCAACGCUUGUUCGCCAAUCAUUGGGAUCCAGACUCACGCUGGUUGCAGUUUGCCUCAUUUCACUUCGACGUCUCAGUUCUUGAGCAAUUCUGGAGUUGGUCAGUAGGUAUCUGCGUGGUGUCGGCGCCCCGAGAUUUCAUCUUUGAAGAUCUUGCAAAUUCCAUCAACGCUCUUGGGAUAACACACAUCGACCUAACACCCAGUCUGGCCCAGAUAUUACAUCCGGACGAUGUGCCAAGCCUAUGUAAAGGUGUGUUUGUUACUGGUGGAGAAAGCUUGAAGCAAGAGAUUCUUGACGUAUGGGGGUCAAAGUCUGUGAUCUACAACGGCUACGGGCCGACAGAAGCUACGAUUGGGUGCACGAUGUACCCUCGUGUUCCGACCAACGGCAAACCGUCAAACAUCGGGUGGCAGUUCGACAAUGUGGGAUCGUUGGUGUUGAAGCUUGGCUCAGAUCAACCGGUUCUUCGAGGAGGCGUCGGCGAGCUCUGCGUGACAGGCAAGCUCGUAGGCAAAGGUUAUCUCAACCGCCCAGAUCUCACUGCCGAGAAAUUUCCAUAUCUUGAGCGCUUCGGGGAACGAGUCUACCGCACAGGUGACCUCGUGAGGAUACUGCACGAUGGAUCCUUCGACUUUCUCGGCCGUGCGGACGAUCAAGUCAAAUUACGUGGUCAAAGGCUGGAGGUUGGUGAGAUCAACUCGGUGAUCAGACAGUCGAGCAGCGACAUUGCAGAUGUCGCAACCCUAGUUCUCAAGCAUCCGAGACAGCAGAAAGAACAACUUGUCUCCUUCCUAGUUGUUGGAAGCCAAGCGAACCGUCAGACAGAGCUCUCUUUCAGCCGAACACAAGAAAUAUUGCGAGCAAAAGAAGCAUGCCACGACAAGCUUCCAUCAUAUAUGGUCCCAACUCACUUCGUGUCACUCACUAGUAUGCCACUGAACAUGAACAACAAGGCUGACGCUAAGCAACUGAAGAAUCUCUUUCAGGGUCUCUCGGCUGGCGAAUUACAAAUGCUGUCGGUUACUUCGGGCACAGGGGACGACUCAUGGACGAACACUGAGCAAGCAAUUCGUCGCGUCCUCUCACAAACUCUGGAUGUUAGUGAGUUGAACAUGGAUAAAGACCAAAGCUUCUUCGAGCUAGGUAUGGACUCUAUAUCCGUGAUUGCUAUUUCAAGAGCCAUGAGAAAUGCUGGCAUGGUGAAAGCAACUGCCUCCAUGGUCAUGAAGCACUCCACCAUCCGCCGUCUAGCGAAGGCAUUAAGAACUACCAGACUUUCUAGUAAUGAUCAGAGAUCAGUACUGGCUGCACAACAAACCAUCUCUGCCAUUCACCAUCGUCAUCGAAGAUCUGUCGCACAAACUCUAUCCAUACGCUCUUCAUCGAUCGAGGUAAUCGCGCCAUGUACACCUCUUCAGCAGGGUAUGAUCGCACGAUCGCUCGAGAACGACUUCGGCUUAUAUUUCAACACCUUCCAAUUCAAGCUCAACGAGAGCAUUGAUGCAAGGAAACUGCAGCUUGCCUGGUCACGCGUAACCGAGUACGCACAAAUAUUGCGUACGGUGUUUGUCAAUACCGAGGACGGCUAUGUUCAGGCAGUGCUGCGUAAAAAGCCACUCGUCUGGUCCACACAUGCAGUCGCGACAGAUGCUUCUGUACGUCAGACAUUGGAUCAUGUUAAGAACCAGUGGCUGUUGCGCAACCGUAAUGAACUACAACAGCCUCUCGAACUUCACAUGCUCACAAGCCCGAGCGUAAGGCUUCUAGUUGUCCACAUCUUCCAUGGACUGUAUGACGGUCACAGCAUUGAAAUUAUGAUCAGCUUGGUGUGGCAGGUGUACAACGGAGGAGAGCUUACCGAUCCUAUCCCCGACUUUCACACUGCCCUCGUUUAUGGCCCGUUACUGACGCAAUCUGGGGCAAAAGACUUUUGGCAGAAUCAUCUUGCGCAAUCGUCGUCCGCACCAUUUCCUGGAACAUCAAGUGAAGGGCCGGUAGUAGCAUUACCGGUGAGAAGCGUGCGCAAGCUGGAAGGUCUGGCAUCAUUCGAUACCAUGCGGCGAAGACUGAAUGUCACGGCGCAAGCGAUUGCGCAAGCUUGUUGGCUGAACGUGCUGCAAGAAUACACGAGGGCAGUAGUAACCACGGGGCUCAUUGUCUCAGGACGCAGUAUCGAUCUUGAGGGUGCAGACCGCAUCAUUGGUCCCUUGUUCAAUACCAUUCCGUAUCAUCACCAGGCUCAGGACGGCGAGUCAUGGGCAUCGAUCAUCAAGAGAGUCCACGACUUCAAUGUCGCUGCUCAUCCAUAUCAGCAUACACCGUUGCGAGAUAUCACGAAAUGGUGUAGAAGAGGUGGUGACCGAGGGCUCUUCGAGACGCUCUUCGUUUAUCAGAUCGUUCAACAAACAGAGGAUUGGUCGAAGAACAGUGCAUGGGAGAUCACCGACGGAGAUGCCCUGGCCGACUAUCCACUGGCUCUUGAAGUAGAGCAGUGGUCGCAGGAUGCUUUGAAGCUGACUUUGGUCACGCAGCAGCAUGUCCUAGAUGAACAAACAUCGAUUACGCUUUUGGACCGGUUCGAGGACAACUUGCGUAUAAUCUUGACAGAUCCAUACACCGAAGUCAAGCUGCCGGCUGGAGUAGAAAAUAAUUUUGAUCAGAAGCUGAAGAGAGAGAAUAUGGCGGAUGGUUUCGCCCGGCCAAUGGACUUUGCAUGGACGAACACAGCCACCAAAAUACGAGAGGAGGUUGCUAGUCUCUCUGGCAUGGAAAUCGGGGAUAUCAGUGAAAGAACAUCUAUUUUUGAGCUAGGUCUGGACAGCAUCGAUGCCAUCAAAAUCUCGUCGAAGCUCAAGAGGUGCGGCAUCGAUCUUCCGGUCAGCGCUAUCAUGCGAGGCCUUACCAUCGCAAGCAUGGUGCAGGGCAUGGCAGAGGUAGACACGCAAGUACAUGAUCGCCCGUCAUCGUUUUACAUUGAUGAACAGAAGCGCCUGCUCACAGGUUACCUGCAACGACACGAAAUCGAUGGUGUAGCCAUUGAAAAUGUUCUCCCUCCGACGCCACUCCAGGAGGCCAUGAUAGCUGAGAUGCUCGCGUCUGAUUACACAAGGUACUACAACUUCGAUGUGCUCAGUGUAAAGCACGACACGGACAAAUUAAAGUUGCGGGAUGCUUGGUCGCAAGUGGUUGAAGCUUCACCCAUUCUGCGCACGGGUUUCGUUGAAGUAGAUGACCCGACUGUUGAUUUCACAUUCGCGCAGGUCGUGUAUCAGCGACCACACGAAUUUUGGUCGCAUAAGAAUACCGAGACCGAUGCGGACUUUACAACACUCCUUGACCAGUUACGAACCGAUGCACUGAAAACCUCGGUAUCCACUCCUCCAUUUCGAAUACUACUUGUUGAGGCUCCUCGACAGUCCUAUCUGGUUUUGGCAAUUGCGCAUGCACUUUACGACGGCUGGUCACUUGGUCUGCUUCAUUCGGAUGUCCAUCGCGCAUAUUACGACGAGCUCGAACGUCGGCCAAGCUAUGCCAACCUCUUGGCAGACAUACUAUCAACUUCUGGAAAGGAUGCAGCUGGCUUCUGGCAAGACUAUCUCUAUGACGCAAAGACGGGUGUAUUUCCGAGGCGAAGCAAAGGUGUAAAGUUGGGCAGAGCACUUGUGCAACGCCAUGAACAAGUCAGCUGCGCCUCUCUAAUUCAGCUUACCGCGUUUGCCAAGAAGAACAAUGUGGCUCUUCAGACUGUUGGACAGGCGGCCUUUGCAAUGGUCCUUGCUUUCUAUACAGGAUCCUUGGACGUGACCUUUGGAUCUGUUCUGUCUGGGCGAGAGGAUGAAGAGACAGCCCAGCUCAUGUUCCCGACCAUGAACACGGUGCCGAUCCGAGCGAUCUUGCAUGGCACGUGCAAUGACAUGCUUCAAUACAUGCAAGACAAUUUCAGGAGCAUCAGAGAAUGGCAACAUUUCCCACUGCGCAAAGCAUUAUCACUCGCCGGAGUUGGUGCGGGUCUGUUCGAAAGCUUAUUCAUCUACCAGAAAAGCUUGGGAGGGACGACAUCCGAAGUGGAGCGUUUGUAUACAAGUAUGGAGGGUUACAGUGAUGUGGAGUAUCCGGUAUGUGUAGAAAUGGAGGUUGUAAACGAAAGACUGGUUUGGCGAUGCGCCGUGAAAGAGGAUGUUCUUUCAGACGAAGGGACGAGAGGCUUGCUAGGCCGGCUUGAUGAAGUGCUCCGACACAUCAUGCAGAGCCCCGACAGUCCAGUCAUGUCGACCAUGGAAAGUGGCAUUUCCCUCUGUGGGCUACCGGCGUUUGUUGAAAACGAGAGAAAAGCCGUCCCUGUCAGAUUGGAGGCAAACACAGAUGACGACGGAAUGGCACCAGACGCGCACACGACUCGGACGAUCAGGGAAGUCUUAGCCAAGGUGUCCAAGACGCCAGAGGAUGAUAUAACAAGCGACAUGACCAUUUUCCACAUGGGCCUAGACUCGAUUAGUGCCAUCAAGGUGUCCUCACUACUUCGUAAAGAGGGCAUCAGCCUUGGUGUGGCUGACAUGGUCCGAGCUGGCACCGUGGACAAGAUGGCCAAUAUCAUUGCCUCACGAACAACGACAGCAACGAAGACGGUUGAGGAUGGUGAGCACUAUCGAUUGACCAUUUCAGCGGCGUUGCGAGCCCUUGACCAAGCAAGCAUCCUGGAGGAAGCCAAGAUUGAUGCAGCCAAUGUUUGUGAUGUGCUACCAGCAUCUGCAGGACAAGUUGACAUGAUUUCAAUGUGGCUAAACACCCAAAGCGGAAGCUUCUACUCGGAUUUUGACUAUGAAAUCGACGGAUGCGCAAGUUGGGAAAUGCUCCAAGAGUCGUGGUACGAUCUUGUUGGGGCGAAUCCGAUUCUGCGCACGGUAUUUGCGCCGACGCAGAACGAUGAAACACCGUAUGUACAAGUGGUACUGCGCCAGACGACCGGCUUCAUCGUCGAUACAACCCAUCAUGACAAGGAUGACAGUCGAGCAAUGAGGGAAGCUGCCAGGUCGAGACAGCCAUGGGCACACCUCUUUGUUGCCAGAAGGCAAGACGGCUGGGAUGCGAGACUGAGUAUCCAUCAUGCGCUGUACGAUGGCGUGAGUCUGCCUCUUCUGAUGCAGCAGUACAAGCGUAUGUGCAAUAGUGUGGCAGCACCUGCAGCGCCCACCGACAGCUUUGCCGAAUGGAUGGCGUAUGCUGUUGCAAAAUCUACCAUGGACAAGCGCAAAGCCUUUUGGAUCGAAUACAUGCACGACGUGAGCAACAAGGGCUUGUCGCAACCCUGCGAGACGGCUAGGGAGAAGACGGAAGUGUUCCGACCAGGACUGCUUCAGACGUCAGGCCUCGAGGCCAUGGUUCGGAAACAUGGUCUAUCCGCACAGGCAAUCUUUCUCGCCAGCUAUGCGAAGUUGUACGCUAGGAUGACGGGCACGGCCAGCGAAAGCGAUGUCAUCAUUGGAGUCUACCUCGCCAACCGCUCGAUGCCCAUUGACAAGAUUGCGUCGGCCGCAAUACCGACUGUCAAGAUGCUGCCGCUCCGGAUAACAUCACCACAGCAAAGUGCUAUACUGGCAUUGGCCGCUACCAUUCAAAGGGAUUUGCAAGACAUCAGCGCGCCAGAAAAUACCUCGGCAAGCCUGUACGAGAUUUGGCAAUGGACGGGAGUGCAGAUGGACACAUUUGUCAAUUUCCUGAGUCUGCCGGUCGAGGAUGAGGAUGAGGACGACGAGUUGUACAGAAGUCAUUUGCAUAUUGGCGUGCAGCCCAAGAAGGCGUGGGAGGAGCCGGUAAGCCGGGUGUCGAGCAUGGAGAGUGUGGAAAGGAAAGGGAUGCAGAGCAAGUUGGCGAAUGCAUCUGUGAAUGGAGCCUAUCUUCAUGCGAUUGAUGUUGAAGCCAGCAUUCGCAAUGGUGCACUGGAUGUCGGUGUCUUUGCACCCACGGCCAUGAUGAGUUUGGGAGAGGGAGAGAGGAUGGUUGAGGAUCUCAAGAGAGAGUUGGAGGGUGUGUGGGGGUAG